AGGGUAUUGCCGGCUAUGGGUCGGCAAGUACAUCCUUGAGUAUCGCUUUCAUCGCGUUGUUGGUCGUGCCUUCAAGUUUUCACAUAGCGGCUUCGGUUAGCGAGUGUAUCCCAGACCCACGCUUCCACUGGUGAAGAAGUUGGUUAGUGACAAGAUCGUCACAUGCUAUGUAUACGCUUAGAUACAUUUUUGAAAUAUACAAACACCGAAGUAAAAUAAAACUAUGAGCGCCCAUAAACGCCCGCAAAACAACGCCGCCAGUAGCAGUUCGUCGGCACAAAACCAGGACCCGUACCAAGCCCUGAGUCUUCCCUACCAUGCGGAUGAGAAGCAAAUUCGGCAGCGAUUCAAGGAGCUCGCGAAAUCGAAGCACCCGGACAAAGGUGGGAGCAAGGAGGAGUUUCAAAAAAUUCUGGCCGCGUACGAACUGCUGCAGGAUGAGGAGAAGCGAAAAGAAUUUCACUUCAAACGCGCGGAAGACCCGUACCGAGCGGCGGCGGGAAAUUUUUAUGGCGGUAGUCACAACAAGGACAACUCGCGAAGAGCCUACAAAUCUGGGUUUGACGACCACAGCGGCAGCGAGGGAGAGGAUUUUGAUUACGGGCACCACGGCAAACAACAUCACGAUGACCUCGGUCCGACCCCGCCCGGCUCGCCGACCUUCGCGAAUGCGCCGAUGUUUGGCAGCCGCAGCGAACGGCAAAAGGAGGAGGAGUUUCAGGGACACUACGACGACUAUUUGAAACGCAUGAAAAAGAGGAAGAAAAGGAGAAAGCAGAAACUCGACUCGUCCGAUUCGGAGCGGGAUGAAGAAUACCACUACGGGUACCGAGAGAGGCGCAAGAACAGUAGGGAUAGAGGACGAGGAAGAAGAUCGAGGUCUCCCUCCUCGUCGCCGGACGGCGCUUCAUCCUCGUCCAGACGGCGUGGUGAACAUCAAACGCGAACAAACACAACAAACAGGAUCACGGAGAAAAGCAGCAAGCAAGAAGAGGAGGACGACCACGCGGCACAGGAAGCCAUGCGGAAAGAACUGGAACGGAGGGAGAAGCAAAGAAAAGAGUAUCUCGCGACGGCAAAAAGAACCGCAGCUACUGGGAAGCUGCAGCACACAAACGGCCACACUGAAGAUGAAACGGGAGCAACGCCUGCGAGUGCUUCGUCCUACUUCUCUGAAGGACGAGCAGGGACUUCUGCAGCUUCGCCUUCGUCGGCGUUUCAUGUUGGGAACAAUUUUAGCAGCAGAAGCGACGGUGCAUUAUUCCCUACGAUAAUUCCCGCGGCACACACCGAUACCGCGCCGAAGGCCAUUUACGUCAAAGUGAAGAUGCGAAGUGAUUUAGCACUUACCGCAUGGCUUGAUGCGAUGCGAGACUUCGGAGCCUUGCCUAUCGUGCUGGACGGUGGCACCGGCGGCAUGGGGAGAAUCACUGCUGGGGUAGAAGAGCUGCAAGAAAACGAACAAGUACUGGAACCCGGGGCGUUUUCUAGUGGAAGGACAGCAGCAGCAGGAGAAAACAAGACUAGUUCAUCAUCCUCGACCCGCCAAGAAAUGACCAUCAUGAAGGCGACUCACGACUACUAUUGCGGAUUCAAGUCGAUUGGUAACGCUUGGCAAAUCGCCAUUACGUUUCACCACUGGGAAAUGGAGUCGAAAUCUGAAGAGAAGCAGCGCAAGGUUUUUUCCGCUAUUUCCCUGCUCACGUCUCCCUCUUUUCCGCCAGGUAAGCGGUUUGAGGAAGAAAGAAGAGCGUUGUACGAAACGGAAUUGACUCUGGUCGUGACAAAGAAGAAACUAGAGGUCUUAGCGCCCGCGAAAAUAGAGAUCGCGAAAAGAACGAGAUUUAAUUUGAGUACAAAUUCUGAAAAAGAUGACGUCCAUAUGCUCGCACAGCCUGGAGUUGUUGGGCUUCAGAUGGGAAAAACAUUUUUCAUUGACGAGUUCGGCGUUGGGCGACUGGUCAACUGCUGA